UACACCUUUGUUUGUGUGUUAGCAAAAGUGUUGUAGGUGCUCAGGUCCGGCCCGCGGAGCUCGGCCCGGCCCGGAGAAGCACCUCACAGCGGGACAGAGCCGGUACCGAGAGCGGGCAGCCCCUCUCCGCUCCCCCCCGCUCUCCGCUCGCUCUCCUCCGGCUCUCCUCCGUGCGGAUCUAGCCCACUACUGGCGGUGCGGUGAACCAGGUGCAGCCAGGGAAGGGGAGGUAAAGGGGAGGGCAGCGCAGGAGGGGGAGAUGGGCUGCGAGAGGAGGUGACUCUCCGGCAGCAUUUAGACACAGCGAAAGGAUCAUGGCGGAUGGCCCCAGGUGUAAGCGGAGAAAGCAGGCGAACCCGCGGAGGAACAACGUGACCACUUACAACAAUGGGCUGGAGGCGGGCUCGGACACAGAUGAUGAGGACAAGCUGCACAUUGUGGAGGAGGCGGACGGGGCCGAGUGUGACAGCACCCUGCCUGAUGAGGAGCACCCCAGGGAGCAGUGCUGGGACCACGUGAAAGAGGAGCCCCUGUCGGAGCCGGAGGAUGAGCGUAGCACAGAUGCUCUGGUGGAGGAGAUGCUGCAGCAGGGGGACACGGCCGUCAUCUACCCAGAGGCCCCUGAGGACGAGCUGCCCAGGCUGGGGACCCCUGAGGCCCCGGGGCCCGAUGAGAACGGCACCCCGGACUCCUUCUCCCAGCUGCUGACGUGCCCGUACUGCGCGCGGGGGUACAAGAGGUACAGCUCCCUCAAAGAACACAUCAAGUACCGCCACGAGAAGAGCGAGGACUCGUACCCCUGCCCCGAGUGCACCUACAGCUUCUCCCACCGCGCCCAGCUCGAGAGACACAUGAGCGCGCACAAGGCCGGGCGAGACCAGAGGCACAUCACACAGUCUGCAGGGAACCGUAAAUUCAAGUGCACCGAGUGUGGGAAGGCCUUCAAAUACAAGCACCACCUGAAGGAGCACCUCCGCAUCCACAGCGGUGAGAAGCCGUACGAAUGCUCCCACUGCAAGAAGCGCUUCUCUCACUCGGGCUCCUACAGCUCCCACAUCAGCAGUAAGAAAUGCAUCAGCGUGGUGUCAGUGAACGGCCGCCCCCGCCCCAAAGCCCAGGGACCCCCGGCCCCCCUGCCCUCGUCCCCCUCCUCGCUCCGGGCACAGACCAGAGACCAUAAGCCCCUCCAGGAGCAGCUGCCCAUCACCCAGAUCAAAGCUGAGCCCGCCGACUACGAGUACAAGGCGGUGAUGACACCCUGUGCAGGGGUGCUGAACGGAGGAGCAGCGGCUCCACUCCAGGGCACGGUGCAGGCGGUGGUGCUGCCCACCCUGGUGUCUCCCAUCAGCAUCAACAUCGCAGACCUGCAGAACGCGCUCAAGGUGGCCGUGGACGGGAACGUGAUCAGACAGGUGCUGGAGAGCAAAGGCCAGGCUCCUGGCUUCACCACCGCCACCCUGCACCCCUCUGCCCCCUCACAGCAGCUCCUGUCUGCCAUCAGCCUGCCCAUCGUGGGACAGGACGGCAACGCCAAAAUCAUCAUCAACUACAGCCUGGACCCCAGUCAAGCUCAGGUGGCCCCACAGAACCUGAAGAAAGAGCCCAUGUCCCCAAGCAGUGAGAAGCUGCCAGAAGACCUGACAGUGAGGGGCCUGAGGGAGGUGAAGGACGAAGAGAAGACUAAGAGCUGUCUGCUGUGUGACCACUGUCCGCCCGGGCUGGAGGCUCUGCACGCGCUCAAACAUGCCAAGAGAUUCAACGGUCUGGACAAGUCCGAGUCCACCAUCGCCGCCCUGCUGUCCGAGGGAGCACUGUGCAGCCAGCCCAAGAACCUGCUCUCUCUGCUCAAAGCUUACUACGCACUGAACGCAGAGCCCACCGAGGAGGAGCUGGCCAAGAUCUCUGACUCAGUCAGCCUGCCCGAGACCGUGGUGAAGAAGUGGUUUGAUAAGAUGCAGCAGGGGGCGUUAGGAGCACCCACCCCACCCUCUGAGGAGGAGGACAGCGUGGUGUCUCUAGUCCCGGGGAAGGAUACGGCCGUGAUGAGUCCCUCAGUCAAUCAGGACAGUCCCACCGAGGCCACCCCGGCAGAGGCCAACCACAGCUCUCCUGCCCCUCCCUCCCCCCUCAACCUCACGGCCGGCUGCCCCACCACCUCACAGCUGCCCCAGGGCCCGGACGCCCCCCUGGACCUGUCCCUGCCCAAGUCCAACUCAGAGAAGGAGCCCGCCAAGACCCCCAGCCCCUCCUGCAGCGUGCCCGAUGAGCCUCUGAACCUGAGCUGCCUGAAGAAGGAGGCUCUGUGCGGGGUGUACGCCAGCCAAAGCAGCGCCGCACCCGUGCACCUGGUGAGCGCCCAGCUGCCCGCUCUGGUGGCCCUGGCCGAGCAGAACAGUGUGCAGUGUCUGAGGGCCCUGGGCUCCAAAAGGACCAUCCUCAUCCCACAGCUGGCCUACUCCUACAGCUCUGCAGCCACCAGCCCCGCGGGGACGGAGACGCACGAGGCCGCCAUCCAGCUCAACGGCAUCAAGGAGGAGCGCGCAGACUCGGAGGGCCUCUCUGCUGCAGACGAGCCUGACUCAGACUGUGGACCGUCAAGGAAGAAGAUGAAGAAGAGCGAGAGCGGCCUGUACGCCUGUGACCUCUGUGACAAGAUCUUCCAGAAGAGUAGCUCCCUGCUGAGGCACAAAUACGAGCACACAGGGAAGCGACCUCACGAGUGCGGCAUCUGCUCCAAGGCCUUCAAACACAAGCACCACCUGAUCGAGCACAUGCGCCUGCACUCCGGAGAGAAGCCCUACCAGUGCGACAAGUGCGGCAAACGCUUCUCACACUCAGGCUCGUACUCGCAGCACAUGAACCACCGCUACUCCUACUGCAAGAGGGAGCCCACGCAGCCAGGGGGCGCCACCGCAGAGCUCCACAGCCUCAUCACCCCCGCGCACGCACAGCUCCUCCCACCCCUCCACACGGACUCGGACGAGAGGGCGAGCAGGGACAGCGAGGAGGACGAAGAGGACGAGGACGGAGCCGCCGGCAUUGAGGACAUCCGGGUGGUCCAGGUGGAGGAGGAGGAAGAGGAGGGGGGGACGGAGGAGGAGGAAGACACGAGGCAGGGGGACGCGGCAUGUGAGACGGGGGAGACGGGAGAAAAGGAGGACACUAGGCAGGAGGUCACCAUGGAGACAGAGGAGACCACUAAGGAGGCAUCUGAGGAGGUGUCUGUGGAGGCAUCUGUGGAGGCAUCUGAGGAGGCGUCUAAGGAGGCAUCUGAGGAGGCGUCUGAGGAGGCAUCUGUGGAGGCAUCUGAGGAGACAUCUGAGGAGGCAUCAGAGGAGACAAAGACAGAAGUGGACGUGGACCGAGGAGAGGGAGGAGGAGACUGAACUUCCUGGUCACUACUGUGUUGAAAUCCGGGUGUGCCUGAUCAAAUUCGUUUUUGUAAGAGAAAAAAAAAAGAGUUUUAACAAAUGAAGGAAAUGCAUUAUACAGACUUUGGAAGCUAGAGGCGACACGUUUUAGAUUUUAUUACUAAAACACCUUGGGUCCUUUGGUUUUAUCAGUGUUACUAAUUUUAUCACUCAUAUUUUAACCUUUAAGAAGCUGUACAGUUGGGAGAUAUUUCUUAACCUUUUUAUUGCCAAUGAACAAAAGAGACGCAAGUAUUUUAUUAAGUUGGAAGAAUCCUGUGCACUACGUGGCUUGGUUGACCCCCGGUUGACCCCCGGACGCGUCGUACCGUCAGUAUUACAGAACCGAGCGCACUGUUGGAUGGGACUGAGAGGCCCGGACUGCUGCCACUCCUGUGUGAUUGUAUGAGGCACUGACAGGAGCGCACCUGCCUGGUGGAGCAGACAGGAGCACUGCUAAAUGAAGGAGCUUGUAAGUCCAUAGACAGUGUACAAAUAGUGGACCACGGGGUGAUCUGAAAAAGUGGGUCAUGGUAAAGACUGUUCAGGAGUCAGUAUUAUUCAAGGAUUUUGAUAAACAAAGGGUUAAGCCAUAAACAAAACAUGAAAUAUCAAUCAUAAUUUCAAAUAAUAGUGUUUGUUUUAAUAUUCCAUUUGCAUUCUGUUACCUAAUAACGGGUAGUAACCAUGCACGACUCAAGAGCAUAUGUUUACAUACUUGCAGAGGUGGGUAGACAAGCCAAAAAUUGUACUCAAGUACGAGUACUUAAAGAUGGGGUGUUUUCCGAAAGAACAGAUUUAUUAGCUUUCUGCCGUGCUUAAAACAUUCCCUCUAAAAACAUUAAAAACAUAAAAAAUAUGCCUGAAAAGGUUUAAGAUGUCAUCCAUGCAUGUUUGAGUAUCUUAGUGAUCUGAAGGGGGAGUGGCUCAGCCCAGAGAGCAAAGGGAGAGACUCAAAAACGAAAGUGAAACUUAUAAAACAUAUUAAUAUGUUGUUUGUAUGUUGAGGGAAUAUAGCAUUUUCAAAACAAAUGUAUUAAAACAUAAAUUUAAUAAUAAAGGAAUAAAUUUAAAAUAAAUGAAAUAAAUAACAGGGUUCCACCAGUCAUGGAAAUCCUGGAUUCAGUCAUUUUCCAGACCUGGAAAAGUAAUGGAAUUUUAGUAUCUCUUUCACGCAACUCAGGCGUUCUGUUAAGUUCUCAUGAGGCUCUUACGAUUAUUUCCGAACGCCUUUUGUUUAAAAGAGACAACAAUAAAUGCACUGACAGGAUUUUGAAUGUUCAAAAACUAUAAUCCCAAACCAUAAAGUGAGUGGAAAGAGUUAACAUUUCAGAUUUACACUGAAAGUCUGAUCAAUUCUACACAGGGAGAUGCUGUAAAGUCAUAGAAAAUUCACUUUAGGUCAUGAAAAAGUCAUGGAAAAGUUUAGAAAUUUUGUCAUAAGUGUUAGUGAAGUGAAAUAAGUGUUAUCAUAUAUGUGUUAUCAGUAAAUACCCCACAAAAGUGCAAUACCCCCUCUUUAAACUACUGUUAAUCAGUAGAAGUACGCAGUAGUGGUUCAAGAAAUUACUAAAACUUUGAAUUUAAAGAAGUACUGACUAGUGAGAGUAAUGUAAGAGUGUCCAGACAUAAAGUUUAACCACAAAAAUGAGACAAACUAAAUAAUAUGUGAAGGAGCAGCAAGAAACACAAAAAAUGUUCAAAUCAUUUCAGAUUAUUGUCACUUAAAGCUUUUGUCACUUUAAACUUACUCACAGUGGGGAAAGGAAACACAACUUUUACUCAAGUAAGAGUACACAGGAAGUGGCAAAUAUAUGACUUUUGUAGGAGUAGGAGUACAAUUUCUUGAAAGAGUACUACCCACCUCUGGAUACUUGUAGUUCCCAAACUACAAUACCGAUUAUGUGAAUGCAAAUCAACUUUUUUACUUAAAAAAUAUAUUAGAAAUCUUAAUCCCUCAUAGAUUCAACAUGAUGUGCUAUGUACUUCCAGCUAGCUAAACACAGGUUGGCGAAUCCUGAAGCGAACCUGCUACGCUAGCGUGUUUUCUCCUGUUUUCUGGUCCACUAUGCAGCCACUGUCUAUGGAGAAACCACUUUUAUCUUCCAAAGCCAUGUUUGAACAAUGAACUAAAGCCUUUGUACUGCACCUUUUGAGAAAAACCACUAAUGUAAAAGCUAUUUUUGCUAAUGAGACGUACCACUGUCUGAGCGCUAGCAUGUUAGCAACCUACGGAAAAAGAUGUAGCAUGUUAGCAUCACUUUGUACUAAAACAGCCUAUGGACAAGUACCUCAUACAAGCACACCACUAAGUCUUUCAGUUACAAUCAGUGUUUCCAGUGAGGAGAGCAGAGAUGUGGAGGUGUGUACCCGCUAACCCCAAACCCGAAACCCCCCACCGAGCCGAGCCGAGCCUUAUGCAAAAAAAAAAAAAAAAAAAAAAAAGAAAAGACAAAAUGCAUUUCGAAAGUGCCAUUGAAGCUGCCGUUAGCGUAGCAGCACUGAUCAGGUAUCGCCGGGUCCCAGAUAUAAUGUAACCCAGUACGUAAAUGCCGCUAUACUGUUGACUUGGGCUCACCGCACCACCCCGGAGAAUUAGCUCACCGCGUAGAUUUACACGAUUUAGUUUCAGUCCCCGUAGCGAGCGACGAAGAUUAUUAUCCCUGUUUUAUUUUGAAAAGUGUAUCACACCGCAAAUAGGAAUGUCUGCAUGCUAAAAUAACUUGAGUUCAUCAUUGUUAUCUUGAUUUGAGUAGUACUUUUUCUUGGCGCAGCGAGAUUUAAAGUCAGGAGUAGUGAGUUGGCUGGAGGAUUAGCCUACAGUAAGGUGACCAGGUGUCUCUUUUUACCCGCAGAGACACCAGCAGAUUUAUACAAAACCACCGAUUUGUCCCAGUUUUAUACAAGAAAUACCCCAGGUGUCUCUAUUUUUGACCAAUCUGAUCCCUGCGAACAGUAAAGAGAGACAUACAUUGUCAUUUGUUUAGGUAAAAUACAGAAAAGCUGCUUAAAAAUGAAUAAAACACAAAGAAAAUAUGACUAUUUUGACUCACAUUAGUGUCGAGUGCAUAACAAUUUUCCUUAUUUACGCACUCGUUUCACAAUUUUAUCAUUACCAACCACCACAAACCUUUUUUUUUUUUUUUUUUUUGAAAAUCUGGUCACUUUAACCUAGAGUGUUUUGGGUCUAUAGGGUAAACUUAUUCUAACUUUAAAGAAAAUGGACCAAUAUGGUUCAAGAAUCAAAUCAGAGACCUUCUUGCUGUGAGGCGUGAGCGCUAACCGUGGUUCAAGCAUUAACUGAACUGUCUAAAAGUUCAUUUGUAAUGUAAAAAUGUACUAACUAAUGUCAAAAUUAAUCUUAUUUAAUCUAGUUUUGUUCGUAUGAAAAAAGAAAUACUGGCUUAAAAAAAAAACAUACUUAAAACCAGGAAUAAAGCUACUUAUCUAAUCUCUUUACAACAUGAGUCGCACACACAAAAAAAGAUCAUGUAGAGCGGGUUAAUACGAACAUUUUACGACAAAAAUGAGGAGCCCGACAGCAGCAGUUACAGAAAAAGUGUUGACAUCUUUUCAAUAGAAAGUGAAAUGGAAAGUCGAUGGAGCCGUCAACACACCCCCAUGCUCACUUCCUGUUACUAGGUUAGCUCUGUCAGUUUAAUUUAUAUACAGUCUCAGUAUGAAUUUUUUAUUUAAAUUUUUUUAGUGUCUUGAUGUAAUUAACCCAUUAAAUAUUUUACUCAGAUCUACUCAAAUCAUUAAUAUUUUGAAUUCAAGUUUUACAUUUUCCGUAGACAUUUCUGUUUCGGCGGUGUUCCUCACAGCGCCUCCGUGCACCUAUAUCCAGGUUGUGUCAUUUGGAUUCCUGGAGCUCAUUCGAAAACCAUUCAGUAUUACCUUGUGUUUGUGUCCGUUUCCUUGACGACAGUAUUAGCCCUCCCCUCGAGAUGGGUCUGUUUUUAGUUUUUCUAUUUAUGUGUCUUUAUUUUUUGUUUUUUUUUUACAUUUCUUUGGUUAUUUAUUACACGCUGUAUUGUAGUUUGUAUGAAUAAUAUAUUUUAGUAUGACGACGAUUCCGUUUGCAGCCGACCCGACCAUUGUGCACCCCGCUCCCACAUGAAGCUACUGAACUGUCCGGCUAACGGCUAACUGUACGUGCUCGCAUGAGUGUGCGGGUCCCGAAGGAGGACCCUAACCGCAGACUGUCCCAUUGCCAAGCCAAAAUAAUCUCCUCCAAGUAUUGUUCCUCGUUUUUAUUUGUGCCAAUUUGUUUUUACUUUGAUGUCAGUGUUGAAACCACGCCCCUUUUAUAAGCCCCUCCCCUUUAACAACCGUAUUCUUUUUUUAUAGUGGUUAUGUUUUGUUUUGUUAAUUUUUAUGACUCCCCAUCUCACAAUAAAAUACAUCUACAAGCUA